AUGCAGCAGCUGUCGCUGCCAGGGUAUGCGCACGUGCAGCACGUUCACAGUGCCGCCACCCAUGAGACACUAGUGGCAGAGUCGGACGUCACCAAGGAACUGGUGCACAUUCGUGUCUACGCACUGGAGUACCUGCGCAAACAUCCACAACUGCGCAUGCGCGUUGAGCGGAGAGCCCUCGUCGCACGAAUCGCAGAUCAUCCGAACAUUGUCAAGGGGUUGCCAUCCUUUGUCUCAGGUGUUGAUCUUUUUCUCGUGGAGGAGCAUUGCGUGGGCGGCGAGCUGCUUUGUGCGUUGGAGGAAUACUACAGAAGCGCAGUCGUCUCUCCUUCCACGCAGGAAAUUCGCAGUCGGCCAGGUCAGCAGGUGUUCCAGUGCUUGUCGCUGAGCUUUGUACGGUGCACCAUGCAGGAUCUCAUGCGUGGAGUGCAUUACCUGCACUCCACCUGCGGUGUGGUGCAUCGCAACGUCAAACUUGAGAAUAUAUUUUUGGAUGGCAGCAACCGGGCCAAGUUGGGUGGGCUCGACAUGUGCGCAGUCAUUCCGUCAUGCGAGGCUAAUGACGGCAUGCUACAGUUGUGCUGUGCAUCAAGACACUACGCGGCGCCCGAGCUUGUCAUGGGGCAACCGUACAAAGGGGAGUUGAUCGAUGUGUGGUCGGCGGGUGUCGUGCUAUUUGUGCUCCUGACAGGCCGCUUCCCCUUUCAAGUAGAGGAGGAAGAAGAAGAGGGUGGUGGCGAGUCGUUGUUGUUUCAACGUAUCUGCACCGCCGAUGAAGUGCUGCAGAGUCACCCAGCAAUGGGGGUUGUGCCGGACCCGUUAGCUGUCGACUUGGUCCGUAACAUGCUUCGGGUGAAGCCUGAAUGCAGGCUGACGGUCGAGGAGGUGCUGCAGCACUCGUUUCUGAGGACACCAUAG